CAGGUCCUGUCUGAACCACUGUGCUCCCUGCACUAAUAAUAAUAAUAAUAAUAAUAAUAAUAAUAAUAAUAAUAAACUAUUAUUAUUUUAGUAAGAGUACUAUAGACUUUGGAACCCACUUCAACUUGGUAAAACUCUCUUAGUUGCUUGAAUAAUAAAACACUUAAUAUGGUUCUUGAUGCCUGAUAUACACUAAAAACACUUAUUACUAAUAAUUGUUUUACUGUUCAUACUCUUAAGAGGGGGCAGUUAAAGUAGUAACCUAUAUCUGUCUUUUUCAUCUCCCUACUUUUCUUUUACUCACUUGUUUUUCCUUUCAGCACUUAAAAAAAAAACCUUGGUUUCGUUUUCUAAUUUUUUGCUUAUGUCAUAUGGUAUGCUGUGCAUUUGUGUGUUGAGAUAAGACCCCUAUGUGGAAAGUUGAUAUUAGAGGCAUUUGGGUUUGUUUUACUUUCCCGUAAUUAUUACAGGCUAAUAGAUGCUUAGAAGUGGAAGGUCCUGGGGCCCCUGGGUGGCUCAGUUGGUUGAGCAUCUGACUGCAGCCCAGGUCAUGAUCUCAUGGUCCGUGAGUUCAAACCCUGUGUCAGACUCUGUGCUGACAGCUCAGAGCCUGGAGCCUGCUUUGGAUUCUGUGUCUCCCUCUCUCUCUCUGCCCCUCCCCCACUUACGCUGUGUCUCUCUCUGUCUCUCAAAAGAAUGAAAAAUGUUAAAAAAAUAAUUAAAAAAAAAGGCAGUGGAAGGUCCCACAGGACCUUCGCACACUACACUGGAAAACCACUGUGCCAUCACUGACCAGAGAGUUUAUACACCUCUGCUGGAACAGGUUACCAGUUCUUCGAGGCUCCUUGUGGCUACCUGUAUAUUGUAGUCACAGCUUUAAUUGUUGGGAAAUCCUUUCUCAUACUGUAACUUCUACUCUUUGGUCCUUGUUCUGCUCUCUGAACAAAUAUUAUCUGCAUCUAUUCCCACAUGGCAGCCCUUCAGAUACUUGAGGCCAUUGUGGUCCGAGUUAAGAUUUUUAUUCUCCCUUCCACAUCCACAUCCACAUCCACAACCACAACUCCUUUCUUGCUUCUUACUGAGCAUAGUCCUGUACUGUUCUAGUUGCCUUCCCCCAGGGAAGAGCUGAAGUUGGCAGGUCCUGUUUAGAGUGUGGUACUUAGAAUGGGACACUGUUACCCUGCGGUCUGAUCAGGAAAGACGCCAACGAGCCACUUACUCCCUUCCUCUCCUCUGGAUGCUGUGCCGCAGUUCAUUUCUAUGGAGAGGCCCCAAAUUCCCUCAUUCUUUUGAUCCCUACGUCAAACUUCUACUUGAUGCCAUGAAGCACUCAGGUUGUGCUGUUAACAAAGAAAGACACUUUUCUUGUGAAGACUGUGAUGGAAAUGUCAGUGGAGGUUUUGAUGCUUCAACAUCUCAGAUUGUUUUAUGCCAGAACAACAUCGGUAGUCAGGCCCAUAUGAACAGAGUGGUCACCCAUGAGCUCAUUCAUGCGUUUGAUCACUGUCGUGCUCACGUCCACUGGUUCACCGAUGUCAGACAUUUGGCCUGCUCAGAGGUUCGAGCUGCUAACCUUAGUGGAGACUGCUCACUUGUGAAUGAAAUAUUCAGGUUGCAUUUUGGAUUAAAACAACACCAUCAGACUUGUGUGCGAGACAGAGCCAUUCUUUCUAUCCUGGCUGUUAGGAAUAUCAGCAAAGAAGUAGCUCAAAAGGCUGUUGAUGAAGUUUUUGAGUCUUGUUUCAAUGACCAUGAACCUUUUGGAAGGAUCCCACAUAACAAGACUUAUGCAAGAUAUGCUCAUAGAGACUUUCAAAACCGUGAUCGGUAUUACUCAAAUAUAUGAAGACAAUGACAUUUUAUGUUAUGGAGCUUCUGUGAUCAUGAAGAAAAUAUUGUUCUCAAGUGGACAAAUAUAUGAAAUGUAAAUUAUCAAUUAAAUACAUUUAAAACACAGAAGAUGCUUAUUCUAGCGUAUGUUCAGAAAAAGUGGCUGUGGUAAAAGUGAAACUGCCUUAAACUCCAAGGCAAAAAUUGUAACUUUACAGUUAGCCAUUUGGUAAAUAAGGCAAAUAAAUUACAUUCUUGUAUUUUCUAUGUUGUACUUGUGUUUUUUUAUUAUUUGUAUUUUUUAAAAAAUUGUGAUUUGUUUUUAUUACAUGUGGUUAUUUUAAAAUUUGAUUAUGGGGGCCCCUGGGUAGCUCAGUUGGUUAAGCAACUGACUUUGGCUCAGGUCAUGAUCUCAUGGUUCAUGAGUUUGAGCCCCGCAUCAGACUCUCUGCUGUCAGUGCAGAGCCUAUAUUUGGAUCCUCUGUCCUCCUCUCUCUGCCCCUCCACUGCUCAUGCUGUCUCUCUCUCAAAAAUAAAUAAACAUUAAAAAAAAAAAAUUUGAUUAUGAAACCUG